AUGGCAUACGCAUCAUCUUCAAGACAUUUACCUAGAGAAUCAAUUUAUCCUAAUCCACCUUCAUCUGAUUUCUUAAACGCAUUAGAAGAUUGCGUUCAAGCUACUGAAAACUGUUCCAGAACUUUGAAUAAUGGUAUAGAUAAAUUCGAACCUGGAAUUAAAGAUUUACCUAGGUUGAGUAAAGUCAUGAAGCAUAAACACCACUUCCUCGUCCUUCCUGAACCUACAAUCCUAACUCAUAAAUCAGCUUUGGCAACUUCCUUAGCACCUCAAAUCGAUCAGUUGAUAGUGAAAGCUGAAAAUAUGGUAGAGUCGGAGAAAGCCAGAGUAUCCACGUUGGAGGAGAGAUUGAAGAUCCUUCAGUCAUCUCGCCCAACACCACCGACCCAACCCCAAACCUCACUAUCCAGCGCAGUAGAAGAUGAUGCACAAGAAAAAGACACAACGUCCAAAAUCAACGAUAUCAACAUGAGAGAACUGAGUAUUCUGCAAAGGAAAAAAGUCAUGAUGUUGAAGCAGAAAAGAGAUAAGCUAGAAAAGGAAUUAGAGAGACUGAGGGCUUAA